CCUGCCCGGCCAGCUGAGCAACUUUCCUCCUGAGUGCUGCCUGCCGGCUGGGCAUCCAAGAGACCGGCGGACAAGAGGCAGAGCUGCAGCCCGUUCAGGGGACCCUGCCACGCCCUUCCAAGGGGUCUACACCUCCUUGGCGAGGGUGGGUCUCCGGGACGAGAGUCUGCGGUGGAUGGCUCUGGGGACGCUCCCGAAGCUGUGCCGCCCCCCUGCCGUGCAGGUCGGAGGGUCGCCGCAGAGGCUGCUCACAGUCCCAGGGCUGGGGCCAAGGGAGCCUGCACCAGAGACCCAUGUGGGACCCAAGGACGAAGCCGCCCUGCUGAGAGCACGGCGGCCCACCCUUGGACACAGUGACCUCACGACGGUGGCCCUCGGCCCUCCACCUCCGGCUGGGGCGGGGGGUGCCCAUCUCCAAGUCCCCAGCCAUGACGACCUCCGCGCUGCGGCGCCAGGUGAAGAACAUCGUGCACAACUACUCCGAGGCGGAGAUCAAGGUGCGCGAGGCCACCAGCAAUGACCCCUGGGGCCCGCCCAGCUCGCUCAUGUCGGAGAUUGCCGACCUGACCUUCAACACAGUGGCUUUUGCUGAGGUCAUGGGCAUGCUGUGGCGGCGGCUCAACGACAGCGGCAAGAACUGGAGGCACGUGUACAAGGCGCUGACCCUGCUGGACUAUCUGCUGAAGACAGGCUCCGAGCGGGUGGCCCACCAGUGCCGGGAGAACCUCUUCACCAUCCAGACGCUCAAGGACUUCCAGUACAUCGACCGCGAUGGCAAAGACCAGGGCGUCAACGUGCGCGAGAAGGUCAAGCAGGUGAUGGCCCUGCUCAGAGACGAGGAGCGCCUCCGGCAGGAGCGGACCCACGCCCUCAAGACCAAGGAGCGCAUGGCGCUGGAGGGCAUGGCCAUGGGCAGCGGGCAGCUGGGCUUCAGCCGCCGCCACGGCGAGGACUACGGCCGCUCUCGGGGUUCCCCGUCCUCCUACAAUUCUUCCUCCUCGUCCCCCCGCUAUACCUCAGACCUGGAGCAGGCCCGGCCCCAGACGUCGGGAGAAGAGGAGCUGCAGCUGCAGCUGGCCCUGGCCAUGAGCCGGGAGGAGGCUGAGAAGCCGGUCCCCCCAGCCUCCCCCAGGGACGAGGACCUGCAGCUGCAGCUGGCUCUGCGCCUGAGCCGGCAGGAGCACCAGAAGGAGGUGAGGUCCUGGCGGGGAGAUGACUCCCCCAUGGCCAAUGGUGCUGGGGCCACAGUUCGCCGUCAGCAGGACAGAAAGCCCGAGAGAGAAGAGAGAAAGGAGGAGGACAAGCUGAAAACCAGCCAGUCCUCCAUCCUGGACUUGGUGGACAUCUUCGCACCUGCCGCGGCCCCGCUCUCCACACACUGCUCUGCUGACCCAUGGGACAUCCCAGGUCUCAAGUCCAACAUAGAGCCCAGUGGCUCCUCCUGGCCUUCUGCAGACCCCUGGUCUCCAGUCCCCUCAGGAAGCAUCCUGUCCCGAAGCCAGCCAUGGGACCUGCCCCCGACACUGUCCUCCUCUGAGCCCUGGGGCCGGACCCCAGUGCUGCCUGCUGGAACCCCCACUACAGAUCCCUGGGCACAGAACUCCUCCCACCACCAACUCCCCAACACUGGGGCUGACCCUUGGGGGGCCUUAGUGGAAACCUCCAACACACCAGCUCUCGGUGGCACCUCAACCUUUGACCCAUUUGCCAAACUUCCAGUAUCCACAGAGACCAAGGAGGGGCCGGAGGGGGCCCAGGCCCCGCCCUCUGGGAAACCCAGCAGCCCUGUGGAGCUGGACCUGUUUGGAGACCCCAUCCCCAGUUCCAAGCAAAAUGGUACCAAGGAGCCAGAUGCCUUUGACCUGAGCGUAGUGGGAGAAGCCCUAACCCAGCCUAGCAAAGAAGCCCGAGCUCGCACUCCUGAGUCCUUCCUGGGCCCCUCAGCCUCUUCCUUGGUCAACCUUGACUCCUUAGUCAAGGCACCCCAGGCUGCGAAGACCCGGAACCCCUUCCUGACAGAUUUCAGCGCUCCAUCCCCCACCAACCCGUUCGGCGGGGUCGAACUGGGCAGGCCGACCCUGAACCAGAUGCGAACCGGGUCGCCGGCGCUGGGCCUGGCUGCGGGCCGGCCGAUAGGGACGCCGUUGAGCUCCAUGACCUACAGCACCUCCCUGCCCCUCCCACUCAGCAGCGUGCCAGCUGGCGUGAGCCUCCCCGCCUCAGUCAGCGUCUUCCCAAGGGCUGGCGCCUUCACGCCGCCGCCCUCCAGCCUGCCGCCACCGCUGCUGCCCACAUCGGACUCAACUGGGCCUCUCCAUCCCAACCCCCAGGCCAGCACCAACCCCUUCCUCUGAGCACCUUCCUGCCCGGGUCGCCCACCAGUGCGCGGGAGGCCCCGCCCCCAACGCUAACGGGGUUGGAUUCUGUUCCCCUGUCCUUGGGGAGUGGCGGGGCUACCAGCCCAGGACCCGCCCCCGGAAGUCGAGACAGGCUGAGACUCCGCCCCGAGACUCCGCCCCGAGGCCAGUACGGACCCUAGUCCAGGCCACCGCAGACCCUUUGCAACUCCUGGAGCUAAAGAGUGAUGGCUGCUCGGGGAUGAGACCGCGCCCCCGUAAUAAAGACUGGAACCCACGGUCUCAGCUCUCACCAAGUGGACUUUUUGCGGGACGUGGCGGCCAGGUCUGGACCACUGCGCAAAUCAGCGGCUGCCAUGGAAAUAACUGCUCCACAAUGUGGGGGCACAAAAAACGCUCCCGCUUUCUGCACAGCCCCCUCAGACUGGCACCUUCGCUUCCAGACGCUCCCUAGGCUCGCGUCCAUUUGAUCAUUUUCAGUCAUUUAUCACACAUGGGCGCCAGAUUGAUCUAACAGCAAGGAACCCGUUUAUUGAGCACUUACGUGCUAAGCACUUUAGACAGAUCACUUCAUUUAAUCCUUGCAACAACCCUCUGAGCUAGAUACCAUUACUCACAUUCAGGACUGGCUACCUAAUUCGUGGGGCCCAGUGCAAGAUGGACAUGUGGGGCCCCUUGUUAAAAAUUGGGUUAAGAAUUUUAAAAUGGGGGCAGCAGAGCAUUAAACCAAGUGCAAACCCCAUUUUAUAGGUGAGGAAACUGAGGCUCAGGGAGGUGAAAGCUAGCCUGGGGCAGGACUGGGAUUCAGCGGCGGUUUGGCUUCGCUGGCCUCCAGGUCUUGGCCUCACAGCAGGUUUCAUUUGCAACUGUUGACUGACUGCUGAGAACAAAAUGCUGAGCUUGCCUGCGGAGGAACAGAGAAUUGUUAGGCCCACAGCCUCCAGCAGCUCAGAACUCAGCAGGGCAGGCAAGCCAGGUCCAGGAGCCCCCAGGCCCCUUGGUUUUACUGCGUCACCUGGAAUCCGGCUCUGCCCUCCUCUCCUUUCUCAGGGCUGGCAAUACACUCAACCUUAGCCAUGCAGAGGGAGCCCGAAGGUUUAUGUGGGAUCUGAGAAACCAAGGGAGAGGAGGAGGGCCUGAUACUUCAUCCAGGUGGGGCACCACUGCCCCCCUCCCUCCCUUUCUACUCAAUGCUCUCAGGUCACUGAAUGUGUCCUCAGUGCUCAAGGGGCUGGCCCUGCUGCCAGCUGCACCCACUUCGAGGUGCUAGGAGAAAAUGGCCUUCCGUAGGCCGGAAACACCAAAGCUGGGGGAGACACGCAAUGCUGUUCCCCUUCCUAAGGCUGGGGUGGGGCAAGAGGAUGUUUUGUUAUUUUGGAGGGACUCCUACCGUGGCCGUUGAAGGCAGGAUGGAUGAGAGCACCUACUUAGGAGUCAGACCGACUGAGUUCAAAACUCUGCUCCAAGAUUUGCACAUAAUAAUAAUAAUAAUAAUAAUAAUAAUCACUCAGUAAUAAGUGGUUAUGCUCCCUGGCCUUGAGUAAAUUACUUAACCUCUCUA